UUGUGAUCUCUGUGGAGGAAGGAAGGGAAGCUUUGUGGCCUUCGGUGUUGUGGUCGCUAUCGGUUGCGGGUGGAGGGGAGGGGAGGGGAGGGGAGGGGAGGUGGUGGCGGUUGCGGCCAAGAAGGCCAAAGGAUUCCGGCCAUUGCGGCGCCAUUCCUCUGCCCUCGAAGCCUUUCCCCGCAAUCCAUCCAUCCAUACGCGUACCUUGUUUGCGGCACGCUCUGCUGAAAGAGAAACCGGGCCUGGCUAUAAUAUACUUCCCGUCCUUUGCAACACCGCACACCGUCGGUUAACGAACGCCAUUUCCUCUUCCUUUGCCAUAUUCCACAUCCUCUCUCUCUCUCCUUUGUUGAGCGACUUCAGUCUCGGGAUCUGAUCCUUCGCGGUGCCCCCAAAGGGAGGAGGAGGAGGCACUAACGAUUGGAUUCCCGAGGUUUCUGCCGAGAGAAGUAAAACUGGUGGAAUAGGAGCAAUCGUUCUCCAUCUUCUCUCUGUCGCAACGGACUCUCCGAUCCGGCGUGUACAAACCAAAGAAGACAUUCCACGUACUUGGAAGCUUUUAGCCACAGUGCUGUGAUCUGUAACCCGCAAAGACUACAAAGCCUAGAGAACAUGGAUGCAUUCCCUCAUGUGCCGCCAGGCUUUCGUUUUCACCCUACCGAUGAAGAACUUGUCGACUACUAUCUCAGGAAGAAGGUAGCAUCAAGAAGGAUCGAUCUAGAUAUCAUAAAAGAUGUUGAUUUGUACAAAAUAGAACCAUGGGACCUUCAAGAAAAAUGCAAGAUAGGAACAGAAGAACAAAACGAUUGGUACUUCUUCAGCCACAAAGAUAAGAAAUAUCCAACUGGGACACGAACCAAUAGGGCGACAACAGCUGGAUUUUGGAAGGCUACUGGAAGGGACAAACCAAUCUACUCCAAGAAUAACUUGAUUGGAAUGAGGAAGACCUUGGUGUUCUACAAGGGUCGAGCACCAAACGGACAGAAGUCUGAUUGGAUCAUGCAUGAAUACCGCCUAGAAACCAAUGAGAAUGCACCUCCCCAGGAAGAGGGAUGGGUCGUCUGUAGGGUCUUCAAGAAAAGAUUAGCGGCUGUCAGAAGAGUCAGUGACCAUGAUACUCCCUGCUGGUAUGAUGAUCAUGCAUCAUUCAUAACGGAGCUCGAUUCAGCAAAGCAGAUCAGCCCCCAGCCAGAGAUGGCGUACCACCAGCACCACCACCUUCUGCCUUGCAAACCAGAGCUGGAGGUGCACUACCACUUGCCACAUGAUUCUUUCCUCCAGCUCCCCCAACUAGAGAGCCCCAAGCUUCCUAUGUAUGUCAGCCAUGCAACUGCUUUCCAGUCAUCGAUCAUCGCAGAGGAAGAUCUAAUACAGUCCAGUAAGCAGUUUCAGAUCGUCUCCACUUAUGAUAAUACAGGAAACAUCAAUCAAGUGGUAGAGCAGGUGACAGACUGGAGGGUGCUUGACAAGUUUGUCGCAUCUCAGCUUAGCCACAAUGAUAUCUGCAGAGAACCCAACUGCUCCAAUUCAGCAAGUGAUGUUCAAACUUCUGAAAAGCUUGAUGCAGCUUCUGAGUAUGCUUCAACUUCCAACUCCAGUGGCCAAGUCGAACUGUGGAAAUGAAGAAAUAAAUGAACUGGAUUUUAUCUAUACACACAAAUAGGAUACUAAUUCUAGAUGCAAAAUAAGAUCAAAAAAGUGAAGAUCACAGAUUUAUGUACAUAAUAAACUAAAACUAAACUUAGGCAGCAUUGCUUCCGAUGUUUGUAAUAUGUUUUAUACCUCCAAGUAUGUGCAACAAAGAAACCUCUACUGUCAA